AUGGAUACUCUUUUUCCUGAGACAACCAUCGCGGGAGUCACCGUAGUUGACACUCCUGUGGUUCGAGCUGCUCAAAAGUAUGCUCGUGCUCACCUGAAUGAGAUGGGGUUUAAUCAUGUAAUGCGUUCAUGGAUAUUUGGCGUUGUUGUUUACAAGAAGCUUCAGGAGGUGGGCGCUGUCUCGGAAAUUGAUCUAGAGGUACAUGCUCUGAGCGCUAUUCUCCAUGAUCUUGGCUGGGACGUGACAGGCGAACUUAUUUCCAAGGACAAAAGGUUCGAAGUUGACGGUGCGGAAGCUGCCUGUGCUUGGAUCAAAGAAGAGCAAAAAAAUGGAAGAGCAGAACACUGGGACGAUUAUAAACUUCGACUUGUGUGGGAUGCUAUUGCUCUCCAUACUACUCCCACAAUCGCGCUGCAUAAGGAACAGGUUAUCAAGAUCUGUGCUCUUGGAAUUGGCGCAGAUUUUCGAGGUCCUGGCUUAGACAAGAAUGGUACGAUUUCUGAGGAAAUAUUCGAUGCUGUCAAUAAAAUCUUUCCACGCCUCGACCUAGCUAACGGCAUUCGCAAAAUUCUCUGCAGCUUUUGCCAGACUAAGCCGGAAACUACAUAUGGUGUGUACUAUAACAACUUUCAAAUGGAAUUUGGCCGAAAAUUUCUCAAGGGCUAUAAAACAGAAGGUUUGCUUAUGUAUGAUACAAUCCGAGCAACUCCAGAAUAA